AUGGCGAUCAAGAAAGCGGAAAUCCAAGAAGUUUCUUCAAUGGCAAUACUUCCAGAAGACAUAAUCAUCUCUCAUUUACUCCCCAAAUUACACCCAAAAACCCUAAUGCAAUUUAAAUGCACAAACAAAUUCUACAAAACUCAAAUUUCAUCCCAAAAAUUCAUCGAUGAACACAUCCAUCAAUCUCUCUCCUCCUCCUCUAAUGGCCUCCUCAUCUUUUUCACUGCUCAUGUAAACGGUAUUCAAAGACUCUACUCUUUAGACUUAGGUUCACCCAAUUUACCUGCUGUUUAUCUCCCACUUCCAGAACCAUUUCACGGCGAAUACAACCAUUUCGACAUUGUAGGUUCUUCCAAUGGUUUGCUUUGUCUUCGAUCAGCUAUUGGUAACAAACAUUUUUCCCAUUUUAAUUCACACUUCUUGCAUCUGAAUCCAUGUACUAGAAUGUUUGGUUCUUCAUCUUUAACGGCGGCGGAGGUGAAACGAUAA